AUGUCACGAGAAGAGCUGUUGGUCUUGCGAAAGACCCUGAAAGACCUGCUGGACAGAGGAUUCAUCCGAGCGACGCGACCGAUACCCACUGCCCUCAUCGCGGAGACCCUGCAGAAUCUGGCCAAGGCUAAGUGGUUCACCAAGUUGGACGUGGUGGCCGCUUUCCAUAAGAUCCGCAUGGCUCCGGGACAUGAGGGAAAGACUGCAUUUCGCACGAGUGUAUUGCGCGAAUGGCUGGACGACUUUGUCACAGCGUACCUGGAUGAUGUACUGAUCUACUCGAGCGGUUCGAAGGCGGAUCAUGAGGCUAAGGUGCGACGAGUUCUCCAAGCACUCGCCGACGCUGGGCUGCACCUAGACCCAGCGAAGUGCGAGUUUUCGGUACAAGAGGUCAAAUACCUUGGCUUUCUGGGCUUCGCCAACUAUUACCGGAUCUUCAUCCCCGACUAUGCCAAGAUCACGCAGUCUCUGGAUGCCCUGCUUAAGAAAGGAACUGCCUUUCAUUGGGGACGAGCGGAGAACGAGGCGUUUCAGGAGCUGAAGCGACGAUUUUGCGAGUCACCGGUGCUCAAGCAGUGGGACCCGAGCCUCCCGACCUUUUUGGAGACGGAUUGCUCAGGCUACGCAUUGGGAGGCGUCCUGUCGCAGGAAGGCCCAGAUGGACGUCGACACGCAUGCGCCUUCUUCUCGAAGCGACUUUCGCCAGCGGAGUACAACUAUCCCAUUCACGACAAGGAGAUGCUUGCCAUCAUGAGAUGUCUCGACAACUGGAACGCCGAACUUAGGAGCUGCGGCCCAUUUACAAUCCUUACCGAUCACCGCAACCUGGAGUAUUUCAUGACACGCCAGAAGCUCACGGAACGGCAGAGCCGUUGGGCAGCCGAAUUGUCCCAGUUCGACUUCAAGCUCGAGUAUCGACCGGGAAGCGAGGCUGUCGUGCCUGAUGCGUUGUCCCGCCGUGAACAAGACAAGCCACAGGGCAUUGACGACGAGCGGGAACAAGGAAGAAUGAUACAGUUGAUACCGGAUAGUGCCAUUCCAUCAUCGACAAGAGCAUGUAUCAACGCGAUGAGUUCUGACUGUUCAGAGGCAUCCACCCUGCCGAAGAUGAAGGUCUUCGAGGUAGCGGACCUGCAGCAACUCUGGGACGAAACGGUGGCGAAGGACUCGAUAUUCCGGGCAGCCUAUAAGGCAGUCCGCGAUCGCGAGCGUGCCUUCCCGCCCUCGCUGGGCCUGAAGAUCCAGAUUUCAGAAUGUGCGAUCGACGCAGGCAAAAGGCUGACAUUCAGAGACCGUAUUUGGGUGCCGGGUGGAUCCGGAGAGGAGGGUAACCAGGAGGAAGCUGAGAAAGACCAGUUGAGAACCCGCAUUGUGCAGCAGUCGCAUGACUCUGUUGCGACCGGUCAUCCCGGCAGGAAGUCCCAGCUGGUUCGCCGGUACGUAGCCAAUUGCGACACCUGCGGCAGAGCACACAUCUGGCGCCAGUCGAAAAGGGGAUUUCUCAAGCCUCUGCCGAUUCCAGAUCGACCCCGAAGCCAUUUGUCCAUGGACUUCAUCACAGAUCUGCCGCCUACUGGACCGAGCAAGGCAAGGUACCUGUGGGUGAUUGUGGACAGACUGACAAAGGCUGUGACCCUCGAGGUGAUGGACAACAUGGAAGCUGAGCAGUGUGCAAACCGUUUUCUCAGUGUCAUUACCGAUUUCACGGAAUGCCACGGUGUCACGCAGAAAUUGAGCACGGCCUAUCAUCCUCAGACGGACGGAGGGCCAGAGAGAAUGAACCAGGAGAUCGAGGCCUACCUGAGAGCCUACGUGUCGUACGUGCAGGACGACUGGGAGAACUGCUCCUGCCGCGCAGCUGGCACUCAACAAUCGUGA